GUUUCCAUCGAUGUUUCUCCUCUAGACUUAAGGCCGGUGCAUUUGCGAACGGGAACGAGUUAAAACUGAACUGUAGCGCGGUACGAUGUAAAUAAUACUAUAUACAAAAAGCUGCCAGGCCGCCAAUGCAAACAAUAAUAGUGCAACUUUAUUGACCGGUUGUGCGACGUUAUUGCAACCGCAACAAUUUAACCCCAAAUGCAAUUGGUCAUAGGUUGUCCAAAGUUCUACAAGGGAAUCAAAAGAAGAUACCGACAGUGUGCGUGGGAAAAUGUAAACAAAAGUUAAAUAAAUAGCAAAAAAAGCAAAAUAUCGAAAAAGCGCAGUGUUGUUGUGUUGUGCCGGCUGAAAUAACUGUUUGUGUCGGUGUGUGCAUCUUGCGCUUGUGUGUGUGGGAAGCAGACAACAAAAGAAAUUGCGCUGGCCCUUCUUCCUCGUCGUCCACCCUCUUCGCCUAGUUACCGUUACUUGCUGCACUGCCAAAAAAGCAACAAAACAAAAACAAACUAAAAAUAAACGAAUUUCGAAUAGCAUAAAUUUACAAGGGCUCUGCCAAAAGGAAAGUCAAUUAUAUAGCCACAGCAUCGAACAAAAAGAUGGCCUUGAUAAGACUGGCAAGACAACUGGGUCUGAUCGAUACUAUUUAUGUGGAGGGAGCCCGACCAGAUCCAGCCAACGAUCCCGAGGAGUCGCUCAACGAGGACGAAAUUACAGCAGCCAACACAGUGCCAGUUAAAACCAAGAAGUCAAGAAAGUCCAAACAACUGGCCAUGCAGCCCUAUUCGUAUGUGAUCGCUGUGGACUUUGAGGCAACCUGCUGGGAGAAACAGGCGCCACCGCAAUGGCGAGAAGCGGAGAUCAUUGAAUUUCCAGCCGUGCUGGUCAACCUGAAGACUGGCAAGAUCGAGGCCGAGUUUCACAAGUAUAUCCUGCCCGUUGAGUCGCCGCGCUUGAGUAGCUACUGUACGGAACUGACUGGCAUCCAGCAGAAGACUGUGGACAGCGGAAUGCCGCUGCAGACGGCGAUGAUGAUGUUCCACGAGUGGCUGCGCAAGGAGCUGCGCGCCCGCAACCUCACCUUGCCGAAGAUGAACAAGUCGAAUAUACUGGGCAACUGCGCCUUUGUCACCUGGACGGACUGGGACUUUGGCAUCUGCUUGGCGAAAGAGUGCACACGCAAACGGAUGCGCAAGGCGGCCUACUUCAAUCAGUGGAUCGACGUGCGGGCCAUUUAUUGGUCGUGGUACAAGUACCGUCCGUGCAACUUCAGCGAUGCCCUGUCGCACGUUGGAUUGAGCUUCGAGGGCAGGGCUCACUCCGGGAUCGACGAUGCCAAGAACCUGGGCGCCCUCAUGUGCAAGAUGGUGCGCGACGGAGCGCUCUUCUCGAUCACCAAAGAUCUGACGCCAUAUCAGCAGCUCAAUCCCAACUGCGGAUUGUGAGUUCCAGCGGCCAGCAAUCCCUCCAAAAAAAAGAGCUAAAAAGGAACGCAGAAUAUCCAUUUAGUUAUUGGAUUUGAUUUAAAUAUUAAUACAAAAUGCAAGGAAAAAGAUGAUUGGUACGAAGAUGAUAUGUAAACUGAUAGCUAAAGAGAUAUUGCAUGAAAUUUUAAA